AUGGGGGCAUCCCCAGCCCAACUUGGCGGCUCGGAAAGUCUGUGGGUAAUAACGGCCAAGUAUGGAAUACCAGAGGAGAUCGUGGAGAUAGUAAGAGUAUUUUAUGACGACUUCAAGUGUGCUGUAGAAGAUCAGGAGGAAACAUGUGAGUGGUUUGACAUUAAAAAUGGUGUAAAACAAGGAUGUAGUAUGUCGGGAAUUUUGUUCUUGAUUGUUAUGGAUUGGGUAAUGCCAAGAGCAGUUGGCAGUGGUGAAAAUGGUAUUAGAUGGAAGUUUACUUCGAAACUGGAUGACUUGGACUUUGCGGACGAUAUAGUCCUGCUCUCAUCUACCAAGGAGCAGAUUCAGGAGAAAACAACAAGGCUGGAUAAAGAGGCCAGACAGGUGGGACUCGAAAUCAACAAAGAAAAGACAAGCGAUGAGGAUCAAUGCAAAGAACCAAGAAAAGAUCAUAAUCAAUGGACAGGGUAUCGAAGAUGUCGAUGA